UUGCUUCCCUGUUUUAUGCGAGCAGCAGAGAGGGAUACUCUUCAACUUCGGUUUCUGCAUUUUUCUCUUCUUGAAGACCGGGAUUUCAUUUAAAAUGACGAAAACUCGGUUUUCUUGGAAGAUUUGCUGCUAAUUCCUUCAAUUUUCAAGCAUUUUGGCGGAGGUCUCGAGGAAACCAAGCUCAGUAAUUAUGUAGCUUCUGCAGCAAGAUCGGAAAUGGAAGAGAUUUGAGCUUCACAGAAGGAUUUUGGGGAUUUCAGUCGAAGAAUCUUCAAAUACAAAAUAUCUUGGAAACGCGUCUCUCCAGGUACUCCAGAUCCAUCGAUUUUCCAUAGAAAUUCCAUGAGAUUUCAAUCUCGUGCUUGCUGAAAGAAACUUAGGCUAUUGGAGCUUCAGUUACAGCUGGAAAAAGUUCCGGAAUCCAGAGAUUUCGCCGUCGUUUGACUUCUUAAUCUCCGUCUGUUCGUCCGUUUUUUCUUUCGGCGAAGAAGGAAAGUGGAGCAGCUCUUUCUCUCCUCUGCUACUGCAACUCUGUCGGCAGGAGGAAAUUUCAGGGCGAUUUCUCGGAAGAAUAUCGUGUCGGGAGAAAUUGAUUUCUCGUUUGAUCUUUUAUCUCGCAAGGCCCAGCUUGCUGAAGCAAUGGGGUUGUUAUCUCGUCGCUUUUGAUUUCGAGAUAUUUUAAUGCUACUGCAGAGCUUUUACCGUCCAAAAGAUUUCCCAUGAUACAUCCACUCGCAAAAUGACAUUCCUACCCUUAUUUUUCUUCCCAAUGGCAAGAAGCCCUCUUCCCACCCUCCUCCUAACUACCAUUUUCUUUUUUGCCCUUUUCCCGCCCUCAUCUGCCAAAACGGGUGCAACUCAGGCCCUUCUCCAAUUCAAAAAACAGUUAAAAGAUCCACUGAAUUUCAUGCAAAGCUGGAAAGACUAUGAAUCCCCCUGCAAUUUCUUGGGAAUCUCUUGUGACCCAAUUACAAAAGAAGUCACUGGAAUCUCCCUAGUGAACAGAUCCCUCUCGGGCGAGCUCUCUUCCGCCAUCUGUGCCCUCCCGAGCCUGGAUUCUCUUGUUCUCACAACGAAUGCGAUUUCCGGCCAUCUCCCAGCCACGCUCGCCAAUUGCAGUAAUCUUCGAGUUCUUGAUCUCUCAGAAAACAGUUUCGCGGGUCCCUUGCCAGAUCUUUCGUCUUUGGUUGACUUAGAGGUUCUCGACUUGUCGGAAAACUACUUUUCGGGGGGGUUCCCCACAUGGGUCGACAAGUUAUCAAGAUUGACUUCACUGAGCCUUGCUGAGAAUGAAUUUGAUGAGGGCGAGAUUCCGGAGAGUCUUGGGAAUUUGAAGAACCUGACGUUGAUUUACAUGGCCGGUUGUAAUUUUAGAGGAGAGAUCCCGAGCUCAAUUUUUGAGCUGAAUGCCCUGGAGACAUUGGAUUUUUCGAAAAACAAGCUAUCCGGAAGUUUCCCAAAAGCGAUUUCCAAUUUGAGAAGUCUCACCAAGAUCGAGCUCUAUGCGAACAAUUUCACUGGAGAGAUUCCACCAGAGUUUGCAAACCUCGUUCACUUGCGUGAUUUCGACAUUUCCCAUAACCAAAUGACUGGGAAACUGCCUGUUGAGAUAGGUAAUAUGACGCAUCUGAGGGUUUUCCAAUUGUAUGAAAACUACUUUUACGGGGAAAUCCCCGAAAGGUUUGGGGAUUUAAAGUAUCUCGAGGGAUUCUCUAUUUACAAGAAUAAUUUCUCAGGAGAAUUUCCACCAAACUUUGGACGGUUCUCGCCGCUCACGAGUAUAGACAUAUCUGAGAACAGGUUUUCUGGUGGGUUUCCGAGGUUCUUAUGUGAAAGCAAGAGACUCAUGUUCCUGCUCGCAUUGGAUAAUAGCUUCUCUGGUGAGUUUCCAGAUACUUAUGCAGAGUGCAAGUCAUUGGAGAGGUUCAGGAUCAGUCAAAAUCACUUAGUUGGGACGAUUUCAGAUGGGAUUUGGGGAUUACCUAAUGCCAAGAUCAUUGAUUUAGCAGAUAAUGGUUUUGUUGGAAAGAUAUCUUCAGAGAUGGGGAUCUCAACUAGCUUGAAUCAGCUGUCUUUACAUAACAAUAACUUCUCAGGUGAACUUCCAUCAGAACUGGGCAAGCUCACGCAGUUACAGAAAAUUUCUGCCAAUAACAAUUCCUUCUCUGGUAAGAUACCUUCUGAGAUUGGAAACUUGAAGCAGUUAUCGUCUUUGCACUUGGAAGAGAACUCAUUAACAGGAGCAAUACCAUCAGAUCUCAGUAAAUGCACUAGAUUGGUCGACCUGAAUCUUGCAGAGAACUUCCUGACUGGUAAAAUUCCCGACACCUUGUCCCUGUUGAGUUCUUUGAACUCUCUGAAUCUAUCACAAAACAUGCUUUCCGGUUCGAUUCCAGAGGAUUUACAGGCCUUGAAGCUAAGUUUCAUUGAUUUCUCCCAAAACCAAUUAUCAGGAAGUGUUCCCCCUGAACUUCUGAUAAUGGCUGGAGACCAAGCGUUUUCUGGCAACACACAGCUCUGUGUUGACAGAAAAACUGGAAAUCAGCGAAAUUCUGAAAUGGAUAUUUGCAAACCAAGCCAUUCCCACAAGGAAAUUGCAGGAAAGAAACUGGUUUUGGCUUGUGUUAUAUUGUUGUCUCUGAUAGUUGUUUUAGCUGGACUGGGUUUUGUGAGUUACAAGAGCUUCAAGCAUGAUGAAUCUUGUAAAGAAAAUGACCAAGAAGCAGGGUUUGGAAAAGAUCCAAAUUGGAAACUUGAAUCUUUCCAUCAAAAGGAAUUCGAGGCAGAAGAAAUUUUUAAUCUGGAAGAAGAGAAUCUUAUUGGAAGUGGGGGCACUGGGAAAGUUUAUCGAUUAGAUUUGAAGAAGAAUGGAGGAACUGUCGCCGUAAAGCAACUGUGGAGGGGAAAUGAAGUGAAAGUUAUGGUGGCAGAAAUGGAGAUUUUGGGAAAGAUCCGGCAUAGAAAUAUUCUGAAGCUUUAUGCGUGUUUGACAAGUGGGGGCUCGAAUUUUCUUGUUUUCGAGUACAUGCCAAAUGGCAAUCUGUUUCAAGCUCUUCGCCGGGAAAUCAAAGGUGGAAGACCAGAGCUGGACUGGAUCCAACGAUAUAGAAUUGCCUUGGGAGCUGCGAAGGGUAUUGCAUAUCUUCACCACGAUUGUUCACCAGCUAUUAUCCACCGAGAUAUAAAAUCUACCAACAUUUUACUUGAUGAGGAUUAUGAGGCAAAGAUUGCUGAUUUUGGAAUAGCAAAGAUCGCUGAAGAUUCUUCAGCAGGAUCAGAGUCAAGCUGUUUUGCUGGCACUCAUGGUUAUUUUGCUCCAGAGCUUGCAUAUACUCUCAAGGCGACCGAAAAGAGUGAUGUCUAUAGUUUUGGCAUUGUCCUACUUGAACUGGUAACAGGCAGGGGUCCUAUUGAGCCCGAGUAUGGCGAUGGAAAAGACAUUGUCUAUUGGGUUUCUACUCGUCUCAAUGACCGGAAAGAUGCUGUUGAAAUUCUUGACCGUAGGGUGUCAAUAGCUGCUGAAGAUGACAUGAUCAAGGUCUUGAAGGUUGCUGUUCACUGCACUACCAAGCUGCCGUCUCUGCGUCCCUCCAUGAGGGAGGUGGUCAAAAUGCUUCUCGAUGCCGAUCCAUGCACAGUUGCAACUGUAGAGAAGAAUUCUGGUAAAUACUGAUAGCGGUUUUCUUUUACAAGUGUGGGUCCUUUUUGUUGAUUAUAGCUGUUUCCAUCCUGGUAGAUUUUGUUUUUCAUAGACCUUUGUGUGUGUUUUCUUCAGUUAAUAUGAACAUGGCAUUGCUGUUGGGGCAUAUGGUUAGAUAAAAUUAGCAUAAUUCUGGGCAUUCGAUGAAUGUGGAUAGUUCAGAACAUUUUGUAUGAUCGGAUCGUUGGCUCACACUAUCUUGUCUAUGGAUGUGUAUAUACAGUUAAGAUUUAAGAACAAGCAAUAUGGCCAUAUUUCUUA